AUGGAACGUCGAGCACCACAGGAUGUCACCAGAAGACCCUCGGCGCCGCAACGGGCGCCGGUCGAUGUCGUAGAUUUGACGGCAGAACGUGGGAGGCAAGAGAAGAGGAACGGGGUAGAUUUCAUGGGGAGGAGCGACGCUAUGGUGACAUCUCCGGAUGUGAUAAGCAUCGAGGAUGACGAGGCGGAGCCACCUGCGAAGAGAACGAAGACCAGCGGAGAUGGCUUUCGACCGAUACACGAGGAGGCGAUCGGGACAACAAUGGACGUGGAUGCUGCAGACGAGGUCAUGCCAGGCUCGCCUCUGCCUAGCCUUCCAAAGACCAAAAUCGCUGCAAAACGGGCGCACCAUCAACAGCGUCUCGUGGAACCAGCUGCUCGCAAAUCACAUGGCCUGGAAGCACCAGCAGUCGCGACUCGUGUCCCUCAGCCCAAGAAGGUCCUUGACUUCUAUCCGUGGACAGGCAACCAUCCGGAGGACGUCUUGACGGAGAACGUGAUUAAGAAUGGCUACUUCGACAGCGCCAAGAACACCAACAACAGCGAGAGCAACUCUGCGAGGGCGUCAGUGUGGCCGAACAUCAGCCAGAAAAACCAUCAGUCACUGUCCAUGCUCAGCCUCCUGUUCUCGACUGUUCUGGAGAAGCGGCAACAUCUGGGCAAGUGCACCGCACCCUCCACAUUCAAACCUCCGCCUCGGGUCACCGUUACCGACACCAAAAGAGAGGCAUGGCUACGAGAUCUGGCGAACCCGGAUGUGCCGCUUCGGAAGCAGAGCAGGACCAUCCCACACGGUAUUCGUGGCAAGCUUUUGAUGGAGCAGUGUCUGAGCAAGGCGAUUCCUCUUCAACGGGCCGUCUGGUUGGCAAAAUGUGUGGGCGCAAACGAACUUCGGGCGUUCCGGCGAAAGGGCGUCAGUGGUGCCAACGCAGCAUCUGGAGAGGCGAAGUGGGUGCGGGAGUGGACGGUGCAGGUCGAGCAGUUUUUGGAGUUUGUGAUCAGUACAUGCGGGCAGAAAGACUGGAAGCAGAGGAUGGACUACGCCGUCAAGCUGGCUACUGCCUUUUUCGUGGAGAAGUUAUUGGAUGCCGACCACUAUCUCGACUGGAUCGUCUCUUCGAUGGCUGGAGCUACGCUGGAACGUUUGCCGAUAUGGCUGCUUAUGGUGCAGUUGUAUUGGAAGGCCAUUACGGCGUAUAGCAAGCGAGGCAAGGCGCUCGCUGAGGGCAUUCUUGAACACCUGCACGGCAUCACGAAUUCUGGGCUUGAAACAAACAGCAUGCUCAAAACCAGGUUGCAGAAGCUCGUGGCUGUACUUGCGGUCAGCAAUCGUGGUUGCCUGAUCAUUCCACGGACAUGGUCGAAGUACAAAGACCUGCUGAGUCCCGCUACUUCAAUGGCAAGCUCGACAAGAUCACCAGCCAACGACAUCACCAGGCGGAACGAGCGUCUGGCGACACCUUGGAACAGCCUGGAAAGCAGUCCGCUCCUCAAGCUGUACGCCGAGUUGGAUCACGUCAGACUGGAGGUGAGCAUCGAAGGACUUGCGACCAAGUGUGAGGCUAUCGUCUCGGACACGAACGUUCUGGUGGCUGCGUUACUGGACUUGAGCUCUACACCCUACAGGACCGGCACUGCCCGCAUAUACCUCGCUGCCGGCAUCAUUGCGUAUCUUAACGCCAACGGGCACGACACUGACGCUGCAAUCCUCGCGUUCCUUGGAAGCGCAACGACCACGCCUACCACCAGCUCAGGGAACGUGCACCGAGUUGUCGUGGAUCUUAUUCGACAAGAGAGGUUCUCGGUUGGCCGGUACCUUCAGUGGCUGAUCAGUAGUGGCGUGGUCUCUGCUGGUGAUCAAUAUGGCUGCGCAACUGGUCUGCUAAGCGCUUUGCCGACGUCGAGCUUGCCGUUGCACUUGCAGAACACGAGAAAGACACUGAUGAACCGCUUGAAGCUAAGGUUAGACAACGAGGAGACAAUCGAGAGGGCCAUCAGAGAUUUUGGACAGAGCAUUGCAGAUUUCGAGGCGCAUGGUACAAUCACGUCACCAUCUGUGGAAGCGCUGACCGUGUCCGGCAAAAUUUCUGCUGUCAAUACGGCCUUGGAAAGACUCCGUGCGAACGUGAAGGAUGGUGGCCUCUCUCUCUGCGCUUUCCUUGUUACUCGGCAAUUGGUUGAGAGGUGCGGCGAUUUGGCGAGCCUCGGAGAGCUGGUCUCCAUGACCCUGACCAGCGACAAUACGGCACUGCUGGCUACCUCACUGGACACGACCAACCUCAACGCCGAGUCUUUUGCAGCACAGGGCAGACUCUCGACACUAUUUGACGCUUUCGUGGAGCAAUACAUGACCUUGAGAUCUUCACAGCCCCUAGAUCGAUACUUCAUCCUAGCUUUGACAGCGAUGGCUCAGCGAAUGCCUGGCAAAGCCGCAUUGCUGAAGCUCCUGGCCGACGACCUGGCAAUUUGCGAACAGCAGACCUCACUAGCAGUAUGCUCGCCAGCUUCUGAUAACCUCAUUGGCAUGCAAGCCACAAGUUUGGAAUUCGAUAGCGACAUCGAUGCAGUCUUUGCCAGCGGAAACACGAUGGAUGACCAACUGAUGCAACGAGUCUUCAUGCGCAUCAUGGACCACGCAACCAAGUCCGACCUACCUACCUCUGAACCUGUCAGCAAAGUUGGUGGAUGGCUCAGUCAGCUUCGCUCGGUCGACGGAAGUGGUGUUUUCGACAGGAUUGUACAGGGCUACGUGCGAUCUGCGCUGAAGGGCGCUCGUGAAGGAGCAUUGCCCGUCGGUGCCAUCGAUAGCCUUCUGGCGAGUGGAAGUAUAAGUCCCAUCACGGUCGCGGAUAUGGCCAAGGAGACUGCAACACCACGUCUUGCCGCAUCAAUCUUGCGAAUCGCUCUGUCUCGCGAUGUCUCCGACAAUGGCUUGAGUGAGUGCGAGCGAUAUCGCCUGCUGCUACUGAAAGAUCGAUUCCAGGAGGAACACGCCAGCUCACUCAACGCACUGUUCAGGCUUGCUGCGGAUUCAGCAAAACUGGAUACGGAGGACUCAAACCUACUAGACUUCGUCGUCAAACGCAGUUCCACCGAGCCAGGAUCUGUUCGAGCCUUCUUCGACAACGACAACCUAACCGAUGGGGCUUGGUGCAACGCGGGUCGGACUGUUACCGCCAUCCUGAAGCUCGACACUGAGAGCCUUCUACCUUCCGGCAAGAUGGACCUGCGAUCACUUAUGAGCAUUGCCGGCCCCUUGUCAAUCAACUACUGCGUGGAAGCCAUCAGGUGGAUGAGAUCGAACGGUAGUUGGGACCAGGAGGAUGAUGAGACUCUGCAAACUGCUAUGAUGGAACUCUUUGGCACCCAGUCGGAGGUUCUGCCGCAGCUACUCCAGGUGGCGAGUGAGAAGGUCAACCUGGCGAUGCAUGAGUGGGCUCAAGGUCAGGUGCUUUCAAUGGCGGACCACGACAACAUCGAGAGCGAGGACCGCCUCCCAUCAUGUCUCGAGCUACUCGCGGUCACGAACAGGGCUACCAGCAAGAAUGAUGGCACGGCUUCCGUUGACAGUAUUGCAGCUAAGCUGAAGGAGCUCGUCGCUCAACUGUCGGACCUUGACAUUUUCGCCCAGGAGGGCAUGGCUACUCUGGAAAGGUGCAAGUAUCGACUCCAACUGCUGCUGCACCUCUGUGUCAUGCACGUCCAUACUAUCAGCGACGAAAGCGACAUGUCGAAGCAAGCAAGGCAGAAUCUGCUGGUUGCACUGUGCAUUCUCCUGGUGCACCCGGCGUUACAAUUGCAGCAAGAUCUGAUCGAAUACCUCUUCGAUCUGGCAUCAGCACUCUCCGACAACCUCUUCGACGAACCGGCAGCGUCUCUAAGACUGGCAGGCCUGACCAAACUCCCAAUUGACCCACGUCUAACCUUCAUCCUCGGAUCCGACAGCAGCGCGAAGGACUCCUGGCUUGCCCUCGCCACUCCUGUCCACACACCUGGCUUGCAACCGCAACGUAUGCUGAGCAGACAGUCUUCAGGACACCUCCAGCCUCCAACGAGUGGCGGGGCGUCGAAUGCUGGCCAGCAAGUGCAGCAGGGUCCUGGACAGAUGCAUCCGCAACACCAGCGCUUUCCGUCGCAGGGUGGAAUGAGGAUGCCGCCAGAGGUGAAGGUUACGCCGUUUGCGUUGAGGAGGUGGGAGAUUAUGCCUGAUCCUACGCCGGUGCAGGGGGAGAAUGAUGCGAGUUUGAGUUUGGGGCUGUUUGCGGCGAGGAAGAUAUAA